GGUGGUCAGCAGGAUGUUGAGUACCUGCGCGAUCUUGAAGAUCGCCUCGAAACAGCUCAGUUACAGCGUCAAGUUUUGGCCGAACUGACUAGUCUUUUGGCCCCAUCUUCGCCCUUUUCUUCUCACCGGUUCAUGUCACCCGCCUCUCCUGUCGGUUCUCUCUCCAGCAGCCCUCCUCCCUCCCCCUCUGCCACAUACGCAUCCGUCAACAGUGGGGUUGCUGGCCCUGCUGGCGCUGGUAGUAGCGGAAGCGUGAGGGAACGAGAUUUAGCCUCAUUAGAACGACUCUCACGUGGACGUUUAUUCAGCCUAACACAGCUUUUCACUGAAUAUGCAGAACCCUUUCAGCUGCACGAAGCGAAGCUUGCAAUUCUCAGGGCCGGUGGCAAUGAGGCAUGCUAA